CCCUGCCUCCCUGCCUGUCUCCCUGUCUCUCUCCCUGUCUCCCUGCCUCCCUGCCUGUCUCCCUGUCUCUCUCCCUGUCUCUCUCUCUCCCUGCCUGUCUCCCUGUCUGUCUCUCCAGGCGAAUGUCAGACGGUCUGUUUCUGAGAAAGUGUCGGGAGGUUGCCGAGGGUUACAAAGACAUCAAGUUCACGGAGAUGUACCUGGACACCGUGUGUCUCAACAUGGUUCAGGAUCCGACACAGUUCGACGUCCUGGUGAUGCCCAACCUGUACGGAGACAUCCUCAGUGACCUGUGUGCUGGUCUGAUUGGAGGACUCGGGGUGACGCCCAGCGGCAACAUCGGAGCCAACGGAGUCGCCAUCUUUGAAUCGGUGUGUGUGUGUGUGUGUGUGUGUGUGUGUGUG